AGUCAAAGAGGAGCAGCGGUCGAGUUGAUGGUGUUAGCGCUUCUCGUUAAACUUUUUAACUUGGCGGUUGAUCGUAUGUGUCUUUGUGCAUCGUGGAAUUCGGUCGAAUAUCUUCUACCUUAGUCAAAGAGGGAUCAACAUCGAGUUUCGUGGAUCGCUCAAGAGCGAGUUGAAAAUAAUACGACCGUACACCUUUUUCCGCGGAAAUUAACAGUUGUAUCAGGUUUCUCAGCACCGUGAAGUGACAUAGUUAUUUACGAGCUGUUGUGUUGGUGAAAUGUUGUCUCAACUUCCUGUACAUGGCGAAGACUCGUGAGCGUCGUCGACCGUGUUGAAUAGUCAAACGCCAGUGUCCGAAAGGUGUUUUAUCCCUUUCUGAAAACCAUUCGUCGUAUCGACCUGUUUCUUGCAACCUAGAUCAACGAGAUCGUGCCAGUUGUGCGUGAAAAUGAUCAACAUGGAAACGGAUAAGAUUAUUGGCGACACAAACACAAAUCUUCAGUAUCCAAUAACAAUACUCUAUGAUCCUACUCGCAAGAAAGAAUUACCAACAGGGGUAUCUCCACAGUAUGGCCAGGAAAAAGAAAUUUGUAUGAAACUAUUUGAGAGAUGGAGCGAACCAGAACAAAUUAACUUUGUUGAACAAUUGCUAGCACGAAUGAGUCACUACCAACAUGGACACAUCAAUGCUUACCUAAAACCAAUGUUGCAGAGAGAUUUUGUAUCUUUAUUACCAAAAAAAGGAUUGGAUCAUGUGGCUGAAAGUAUUCUUUCUUAUCUGGACGCGGACUCGUUAAUUGCGACAGAAUUAGUGUGUAAAGAAUGGCACCGAGUAAUUAGCGAGGGAAUGCUUUGGAAAAAAUUAAUCGAGCGAAAAGUUCGGACCGAUUCAAUUUGGAGAGGACUCGCCGAGAGGAGGGGAUGGAUUCAAUAUUUAUUCAAACCAAGACCAGGACAAAGUCAUCCAAAUCACAGUUUCUAUAGAUCUCUAUAUCCUAGAAUAGUUAAAGAUAUUGAUAGUAUAGAUAACAAUUGGAGAAUGGGAAGAUUCAAUCUUCAAAGAAUAAACUGUAGAAGUGAAAAUUCUAAAGGUGUUUACUGUUUGCAAUACGACGACCAGAAAAUAGUCUCUGGUCUUAGAGACAAUACCAUUAAAAUUUGGGAUAGAAACACUCUACAGUGUAUUAAAGUCUUAACAGGACAUACUGGUUCUGUUCUGUGUCUACAAUACGACGAUAAAGCAAUAAUAUCUGGUUCCUCUGAUAGCACUGUAAGAGUUUGGGAUGCUAAUACUGGUGAAAUGCUAAAUACAUUGAUACAUCAUUGUGAAGCAGUUCUACAUCUUAGAUUUAAUAAUGGAAUGAUGGUCACCUGUUCAAAGGAUCGUUCAAUAGCUGUAUGGGACAUGACAUCGCAAACAGAAAUUGCAUUAAGAAGAGUUCUAGUGGGACACAGGGCCGCAGUUAACGUUGUUGAUUUCGAUGAAAAAUAUAUUGUGUCUGCUAGUGGUGAUAGGACUAUCAAAGUAUGGAGUACAUCUACUUGCGAAUUUGUGCGAACAUUGAAUGGACAUAGGCGUGGUAUAGCGUGUUUGCAGUAUAGGGACUGCUUAGUAGUUAGUGGUAGCAGUGACAACACAAUCAGAUUAUGGGAUAUUGAAUGUGGUGCGUGCUUACGUGUUCUAGAGGGACACGAAGAAUUGGUCAGAUGUAUUAGAUUUGAUAGUAAACACAUUGUUAGUGGAGCCUAUGAUGGCAAGAUUAAAGUGUGGGAUUUAGUAGCAGCCUUAGAUCCGCGUGCUUUAGCCAACUCGCUUUGUUUACGUACAUUAGUGGAGCAUACAGGACGUGUAUUCCGCCUUCAGUUCGACGAGUUCCAAAUAGUAUCGUCAUCACAUGAUGAUACAAUACUAAUUUGGGAUUUUCUUAAUUUUACUCCAUCAAAUGGAAGUAUAUCACACGGGCCGUCAAUAAAUGCAUCUGGUACAAACCAUACAGACACCAGAUCACCAUCUCCAUUUGAGUGAUGCAGUAAUACGAAGAUUCCUUCAUUGUGAUAUAACUACAAGUGGUUAGUGAGUGAAUUUCAAUGUGUUCACAAUAGUGUACGCAAAGAAUGAAGAAUCAGUGUCCACUGUGAACAACGGCUAAACAGAAACAGAAUCUCAAAAGGACAUGGUCAUUGACUUUUGUUUAUUAUUUGCUGUGAAAAGCAAACAUAAUCCUCUAAAAUAGGAGAUACGGAGUGACACGUAAAACACUAUGAAUUAAUUUAUACGCGCUUGACGCACUGCGUUUAGUAAUGAACAUUAUGACGAAACACGUAAAUACAUCCCAUGGAUGUAAAUGAUUGUCUGCUUUGGCCAUAUCUGGAAUUCUUCUACGCUCUAUGAUAUGAUAGAAGUUGACCACUUUCCUACUAUGAAAGAAAAAAAAAAGACUUACGAUACGUAAACAAAAUGAAAAUGUUUUUAGGGAGGCUGGAUAUACUUAAUAAGAUGUUAGCUGUAUUAUAGUAAAUUAAUAAUUUUUUUGUGUAAUUAAUUUAUGGUAAGAAAAUUGUAAAAUGUCGUUUGAUUGGAGUACUUAUCCUGUGUGAAUGUGACAAAAAAUAAGGUAUUAAUAUGUGGAAGGAUUAUGAUAACCCUCACGUUUCAUUAUCUUCGAGAAAAACUAGCUAAUGUGAAUCAUUAUACCCAUGUUUAGCAUUAUAAAUGUACAGCCGUUAAUCGAACAUGUAGCAGUUUCCAUAGACAUUAAUUUUACGAGAUUCAUAUUAUAUACUGAAAAGUACACGAAAAGUUAACUGUCUGUAUACAGCUAUUGGUACAAUACCAUUUGCAUUUAAAAUAUAAAUUUUCAUUAUACCAA